AUGUCUGCCAGAGGUGGAAAGGCUGCGAAAAGGGCGAAAGCUAUUUCUCGCUCGGCUAAAGCCGGCCUCCAAUUCCCAGUCAGCCGAGUCCACCGAUAUUUAAGGCAAGCAACUCAUCAUUAUCGUAUCGCAUCGGGUGCUCCCGUAUAUCAAGCAGCCGUGAUGGAGUACUUGACGGCCGAGAUCUUAGAACUCGCAGGGAACGCCGCGAGGGAUAAUAAGAAAACAAGGAUCAUCCCUCGACAUAUUUUGCUCGCUGUGGCCAACGACGAGGAAUUACAUCAGGUAAGUUUUAACGAUUUCUUACAUACACGAGUUUACUGCUUGAUGAUCGCCCAUGAAGCGAUCAUUUGAUGGUGGUCAAGAGACAAAGUGAACUUGGCAGAUGGUUCUUUUUUGUCAAAUUGAAAUUUACAUGCAAAUCUAUUUUGGAAUUCGUCUUGUCUGCUUCGUGUGAUAUGUCCUCCCAUGGCAUAUCUUACAAGGAUUAAAUUCUCGAACACAGUUGACAAUACAACUAGUGUAACCACGUUUAGCCCACGAGAGUUAGCUUGCUUGACCCCUAAGCACAAAGCCUAGCACUGAAUUUAUAAAAGCUUAUUUCAAUCAUAUUUGCCACAAAAUAAAGACUUACUACCUACUGUUGAAUGAUCGGCGUGGAUAAAUACGAUUUACUGAAGUUUCUUUUUCGUAUCUUAUUAAAAGGAGCAGAUUUUGUUUCAUUUUGCUGAUCAAGAUUUCGAACAAAUAUCAACCAUGUGAACAUGGUCAAACGGCUGUCGUUCACGGAAUUUGUUGUAAAAAUGCUAUGAUCAUUGAAAAUAAUCCACUCCUUUCAUUGAUACCUCCGUAAAAUCACCUCAAGAUUGCUUGUUUAUAUCCCAGCUCCCACGUUUUAUUAUUUUUUUUCUGGCAUGUUAAUCAGUCUUGCCCCUGUCUCUUAUUCAAGUAAUAAAUUCACGUUUUGAUGUCAUUGUCUUCUUUGUGCCCGGGAGAGGCCAUGUUCACCUCAGUGUUGGGUAAGGGAUGUAUAGUUUAGAGAAGCAAGUGAAAUGAGUGCCAAGUUUUAUUUCUUGCAUUCUCUUUUAGUUGUCUUGAGAAAAAUGUGUUAAGCAAGAGAGUGCAGAAAAAACUGUUGUAGGGGAACAAAACCUUGUAUUUUUUUAAAAAAAAAAUUCUCAUUUUUCCAAUAGGAGAAAUAGGAAAUAAAAUAUUAAGGAAAAUUACCAGUUGUUUAUAAUACGCUAUACUACUGAAUACAGUUGAACUCAUUGAUCUAGGAAAACGUUCUUCCUUGUUUGUUUUUGCUUUUUUCUUUAUUUUAAUGCUGGGAACUAACUUAAUAGAAAUGGGGUCCACCACUUUGAAAUAUUCAGUAUCCAAGUGGCUCCAUCCAAAAAAAAGUAAUGCCGUGGUUAACUAUCUUAAUUUUGUAUUGAUGGUCAAACGUAGCUUGAAACAGGGCUUCUGAAAGGUCGUGGGGAAAAAAGUCAAAUUGUGCGGGAUUUUUAGGGACAAAUUCGUGGAAAAAUUGGCCGAUUUUGCAGGAAUUUCGUGGAAAUUUUUGGGGCAAAUUUGCCAAAAAGCGAUCGGUAAAAAACAGCUGAUUUUGUGGUUAUUUUCAGGGCAAAUUUCCCAAGAAUAGGGGUGUUUAAUGAAAGGUUUAACAGUAUUUUCAUGAUCAUUCCUUUUCCCUCAGUUGCUGAAAGGAGUGACAAUUGCGUCCGGAGGUGUUCUGCCUAAUAUUCAUCCAGAACUUCUGAAGAAAAGAAAAGGUGGCAAACUAGUAGCACCUGAGGAAUUAAAACCAAAGAAGCCUAAAGCGAGUACAGCACCCAAACAGAAAGCAGGGACAUCUGGCAAGAAAAUGCCAGCCAGCCCAGCUAAAAAGACACCAGAAAAAUCCCAAGCCUCUGGCAAAGGCAAGAAAAAGGGGGUAAGUACAGUGCUUAUGUGAUUUGACUCAAAAUAUGCAAGACAUUGUUGGCACACACCCAAAACAUCAGUUCUUUCUUCAAUGAAGCUGUUAUGGAGGUAGCACAUCCUUUUGGCCGUUCUUUAUCUACCCAAUUCCUGUUCGAAUUGGAAUUUGUGAGUAUGGGUUUUUGAGGUGAGGGGAAAACUGAAGUACCCAGAGAAGAACCUCUUGGAGCAAAGGAGAGAACCAACAACAAAGUUAAACCUUAUAUGGUGUCAACACCAGGAUUUGAACUAUAAUGGGAGGCAUAUGCAUUCAUCACUAGACCACCUUUGCACCCAACUAAUGAUUUCUUUCAAUGAAUGUUUUCUUUUCUUGUCCAGCCUGCAGCAAAGAAAGGAGCUGAUAAAUUUGGACCAGGAGCUGGUAUUUCUGUGCUCUCCGAGAAAGCUCUCUUUUUGGGACAAAAGGUAGGGGCAUCAUUGUUAUCACUGUUAAAAACAAACUGACAUGCAAGUUGCAGGGCAUAAUACAAUACAGUCAUGAGAUUUUAGUGAGCAGCUGUCCAUUAUGUGGCUCCAAGGUGGACCCUGUUUGUGCACGAGACUUCAGGGCCCAGUUGUUACGAAGCCAAUUAGCGCUAACCCAGGGUUAAAUAUUUUAACCUGGGCUUCUUUUUCUUUUCAUCAAAAGCACGCUCUCAUAUAUUUUCUAUAUUGUUUUUAGCGUAUCCAAUCAUCAAAUUGUAGGCAAAGAGAAUUAAAUUGAAUUUGUUUUUAGCUCUCAUAUAUGAGUUCAAAUUUCGCACUAUCCUGAGGUUAUCUUAACCCAGCUUCAAAAAACCUGGCCCAGAAUGGUAGGACAAGGUUUGCUAUGUGUCCUGGGGUCUGUUUCUUAACUUUUGUAACUUUUCGGGCCUGAAAUCGAAUAUUCAAAUCGAAAUAUAAAGAAUAAGAGCACCGGUCCUGGCUAGCAAACUACUCCAUUUUUUUUCAUUAACUGAUAGUUUUAUCAUGUUAGAUGCAAAGCUAUUGAAACCUCAAUCUUUAAUGUAAAUGAAGACAGCUUACCGGGCCCGUUAAUUAUUGGGGCUUUCGAGAAACGGGCCCCUGGAUCUGUAAACAAAUUGUGACAGCGCAGCUUCUGCUGGCAAAGCCUGUGCUCCAGACAAAACUAAACCUCUGGUUAAGUCUAGCUGUGAAACAGUGCCAAAAUCCUUGGUCUGAGCCCCCACCUGUGUACUAGGAUUUGAGUAUGCCCAUGAUUGGCGUAUUAAAAAUGCCAUUGUUGAUUUGCCAGUCAGGUUGAAUGGAAAUUCAAAACAUACAUCCUGUCAUUAACACUACUGGGGGCCCAGAUCCCUAAAGGAUCUCGGCAUUGCUUCACAAAGGUUACUUAUUGGGGUUAGAUCAUCUCUGAGACAAAGGUUAGCAUGCACUGAUCUUAGACAAUCAAAAUGUGGAAAGUACUUGUCUGAAGAACAAGCCAGAAUUGCAACUUGAUGGCUUGAGGAAUGUUACCCUUUCAGAGCUGUUAUUAAGGGCCAUAACCUGUAACACAGUCCUCGGUUGUUCAAAGGCUGGAUAGGACUAUCCACUGGAUAAAUAUCUAUCUAGUUGAUGGUGCUAUUAGUUUCUCCAAUACUUAUUGGCUGGAUAGUGAUUUAUCCGGUGGAUAGCGUUAUCCAACAUUUGAACUAGUACCGGGGUCAGGUCUGUUACGGUUGAGCUUGAACUUGAUGUAGCCAUUGAUCAAGAUGUCAGCUGCUUCAAAACUUGAUGACAGCAAUUAACCUUUUUUAUGACCAUACAUUAUGGGUGUCCACAGGUGGAUCCAGAAAAUUCAGAAAGGGGUGGAUGCGACACUUAACAGCUCUAUUCUAGAUAGUUUUUAUUGUUCUGAGAUGGAAUUCUAUAAAAAUAAUACAGAAGUUCAAAAAAAAAGGGGUGGCGGCGACCUUCUCAGCCCACCCCUAAAUCUGCCAAUGGUGUCUGUAAAAGUUUAAUCCCAAAAACUUACCCACAAUCUUGACUUAAUUUUCAAUUAUUGCAUUAUUCAGUUGUCAGUUAUUCAAGGAGACAUCGCUGCAAUAGAAGCAGAUGCUAUUGUGCACCCAACCAAUGCAACAUUUUAUCUUGGUGGUGAAGUAGGUAUGUAUUUCAAAUCAAGAGUGUGUAUUCUUUAUUCUCAAGUGUAGCAUUACAGGUUUCCAUAACAUUUUCGCAUACUAUUCAUUUUAAUUUCUUCUUCCUCCUCUCUGAGGAAAUAAAAGUUGGGACCUUCAGCACAGAAGGCCGUAGGUUUAACUGUGGUCAAAUUUACAGCUCUUGUUUUCUUCUUUUCCAGGAUCAGUACUUGAGAAAGCAGGUGGUAAAGAGUUCAAGGAUGAAGUGAAGAAACUGUCAGAAUCCCAUGGCCCAUUAGAACUAGCAUCAGGUAAUGAUUUUAUACGUGACAUAGCAGAAUAACGUCAACAAAACCUGGAUCAUCUCAACCCCUGUAACUCUUUCCCAGAUAUGGUUGCGGGCGACAAGAGGAGCGGCAAUCCUAAUCUCCAUGUUUCUAUUAAGCAUCCUCCCCACUAGUUUAGUAACUUUAGUACAGGGGUUGAUCAUGAUUCUACUCCAGGUUUUGUUGAUGCCUGUUGCAGAACACAGAUCUUCCUUAUUUUUUUUGUUUUUUGAGAAAGCAAAGGCAGGUACAAAGCGAGCGAGGGGACCCCAUGGCACUGUCUUUGCUCCCCUUAAAAACGGGAAAAAAAGAGCUCCUGUUCUACUAUCUAUUGGAUCUGGAUUGCUUAGUGUUCUAACUGUUCACUCUCUUCGUAUUGUUUACAGCGGCUAUCUGCGAUGGUCGAAAUCUGAAAGCUCAGUAUGUUAUCCAUGUUCAUAGCCCAACCUGGGGAGAUGAAACUGAAUCUACUGAAAAUCUGGACAAAGCUGUGAAGAACAUAUUAACAUUAGCUGAUGAGAAAAAUAUCAAAUCAAUUGCUAUGCCGUCAAUUGGAAGUGGGGCGUAAGUAUACUUACACUUGCUCUUUCCUUUUGAAUGCCAUCUAUGCUAACCCACCAAAGAAGACAUCUGGAGAUUCAAAGAUUCCUUAAACUGCGGCUUAAGUUAGACUUCGUUUAAAUAUUUGGCCCAAAAGUUAGAAUUAUGUACUAAAUAAAUAGUACCAUGUGAAAGUACUGCUGAAGAGGUUUCAUUUGAUUGGUCACACCCUGGGAUUUCAUCAACAGACUCAUGCUUGAAUUCGGUCUGAACUGUCUCCAUUGAAUUUUAUUCUAAUUUUCAUUUUCUUUUGUCUUUUCCUCUUGAAAGCAGCAACAACUUCCCCAAGCAGAUAGCAGCCCAGACCAUCCUCAAGGCAAUCUCCAACUACUUUGUUUCUGUUAUGGCAUCGUCCCUAAAGCAGAUCUACUUUGUUUUGUACGAUAUGGAAUCCAUCGGCACUUAUACUAUGGAACUUGCACGUCUUGACUCAUAGGAGCUUCGGACCACUUUUAGUUUAGUCCCAAUUUUUGUUUGUUGUAAAGACGUUCUGUUGUAGUGCUGAGGUUGAACCUACUUAUUAUGUUCCUGGCCAAAUGGGCUUCAUUUCCGGUGUUUUAGCUCACAAUAGCAUUCCAAGACAGCAAGCAGUCACUUUUUUCCGAGGUAGCGAAACUGUCGAUAUACGGGAGUAUGCAGGUAAUGAAGACCUUUAGAUUAGUACAAGUACGAAUACGAGAUUUGGCUUAAAGUUUUUCUCACGUAUUCGAAAAAAGUAGACACCCCGGAAUGCUUCAGUUUCUUUUUUUACCAGCAAAUUUAACAUGGUUAUUUUUACUGAAGGAGGUUGAACCCCCUCUCGAUCGCAAAGUGAUAAAAUUUCUAACAUUUGAUAACUUGUUCUGUCACUACGACAUUUUCUUUAAAGACGUACUAGAAUGACGACGGCUAUCUCCUUUCCUCGCCAAAAUUACCUUAGUCGUACUCCUCUUAGAAUCUAUAGGUCUCUAUCUCCCUUUGCAAGGCGAUUUUUCCCUCUCUUUUUCCUCUCAAGUAUGAUUUUUGAUGUUUGAAACGGGGCUUUUUCUUUCGCAGAAAUGUUUUCGCCUUGAUUUUGCUCGAAGUAUUAAAGAGUUUCGCUGUUUGUUUUAGCUCGUUUUGGCCUGUUGUACUAACGUAUGGGGUCCAAAACAGAACAUCAAGCAAGACGUAAUUCUCAAGUCAGGCUUAACUGUUUUGUUUCGCCUUGCUGGUCUUCAGAGCCGUCUUCAUUUUGCCUGCAUUUAAGUUUUGUUGGCUUGAAAGCCUGUUUAGCCGGGAACAUUCCUUUACUGCACUCUCAUGUUUCUUAGCUUACGUUGUUAGGCUUUGUUCUCAAGUUAACUCUUUCAGUCCCAGUUUUCUCCAAACAAAGUCAAUACAUAGCCAAGAAAAAGGUUAUGAGAUUUGAUAACAUGAUCACCCCCUAAUGUUAACUUAUAAAAUCGUUAAACGUAAAUGUUUCGAAAGGCUCAAAACACAACGAAAAAAACUCCUCGCGACCAGAAGAGAAGUCAUUUUUGAAAUGAAAAUAUUUUGGUAGCGUUAUUUUCAUGAUCGUUAGUGAAUGUUUUCGUAUUGAAAGUUGACUAACGAUACCCUCGCUUUAAAUUAGUUGAAGUUUUGUUACCGUCAUCUUCUAGAAAGACGCUUGUGCUGUAAUGACCAUAAACCUUCGAUAUUUUUAAUAUGUUAUUUUUAUUGUUUUUUCCAAAAAUCCAACAUUUUGUCGUAGUAAUUGUACGUUAAAGUAAAAGGCACCGGUAUGUUCGACCACUAUCGGACCAAGCAAAUAAAAUCAGGACUUGAUGUCGACGUUAGACUGCCGUCCAUGUUUUAACUAGAUAUCACUAACGAACACCAUCUUGUCAUUUGUUUCUCGUGUUUAUGGCUUUCAGUAGUAGUUAACUCCUUAAGUCCCAAUAGUGACCAACAGCAAUUUUCUCCUAACGAUAUCCGUACAUUGUCAUGAGAUGAGGUUAUGAGAAUUAAAAAAAUGAUCACCUA